ACGUUCUCCUCUGCUCCGUCUCCGACGAACUCGUUGCGACACCCAACCAAACCGCGACGCAACGCAUCCAAAAAGGGCAACCAACAAAGUUCGCUGCUCCUUUCUCCCACAUCUCGCUUUCCGCAUCCUCCUCUCCCCACCUUCGCUUUCUGCAUCCCCGCUUCCGCCCAAAAAAAUCCCCCCUCAAUCCCGCCCACUCGAUUUCCCCCUGAAUCCCCCCCCCCGAACCAACCCGUUGACCCGAUCUCCCCGUGUUUUUUUUCAAUUCAAUUCGUCCGCCGCCGAUUUUCCCCCGCUCGUCGUCGAACUGAAUCGCGCCGUCCGUGGCGCGGCGGCGGCGGUUGACCCUUUCGCGCUAGGGUUCGGGCUCGGGGACGAUGGCCAGCCACGGAGCUGCGCCGGCCGCCGGAUCCGACGCCGCGCGCGUCGAGGUCAGCGGCACAGGCCAGACAAACCAGCCUGCUUAUCCGCCUUUAGUUUCUGGGGAUCAUUCAUGGUCCUCUACAACUGGCGCAGCAGCAGCAGGUUCGUGGAACUACCCAGUGGCCAAUCAAAGUCAAGACGCAGUAUACUAUGAUCCGCAAAGGGAUGUAUCGGUUUCAGGAGAUAAUCAAAAUGUGGCGAGCAGUGCGCCUCCUGCUGUACAGUCGACUAUGGGCUUGACAAAUGCAAGUCAUUCUCAUGUGCCUUACUCAAGUUCACUUCAGCAUGGCUACAAUCCUGCAGAAUAUGCAAACUAUUACUAUAACUACCCACAAGCAACAAAUAGUUGUUCUGUGCAGCAAGGAGGAGCAAACCAACAUUCAGGUGCAGCUUAUCAGCCUCUUACUUCAUUUCAGAAUUCUGGGUCUUACGUUGAUCCUGCAAGUAACACAUAUUACAAUGCUGGUGGUCACCAGACUGCGCCAGGAUAUGCAACCACCAACUAUUAUUAUCAGACCGACACUCGUAAUGAUGGAAGCUCAGCAAACAAUUAUGCCCAGUCAUACCAGAACUACCCAUCCUCCGAUACCAAUGCAGCCCAAAGUUCCAGUACAGUGCCUGCCAAUUCUUUCUUAUAUCAGCAACAGUACAACCAGUGGCCAUACUAUUACAAUCACUCUGUGCCAACUCCUGCUGGCAAUCCAGUUGCUGGGAGCAGCAACAUAGAUAAUACAGUCGUUAACACCACUUCUGGUUACUCUUAUCCUAGUAUGGAGCCACCUCCGCCGGGUACUACACCAUGGAAAAGUAAUUCAGGUGCUUCUGUUGCACCUCCUGUACAGGCUCCAAGCGUUCCAGAACCUCAAAAUCAGUACGUCCAACAAGCGCAAGUAACUCCAGGGUUCCAAAACCAGUAUGCCUAUCAGGCACCAGGUGUCCCAGUGUCUCAGAACUACUACGCCAGCCAGGCACCAGCAUACCCACAAAACAAUAUGAAUGUGAAUCAAGUACCUUUGAACAACCAUGGUGAUCAACAGAAGAGUCCAAAUAUGCAGGGUUCUUUGACGACAGGUAUUUACAGUAGCGAAAACAAAACACAGAUUCCGACCAUUCCUCGAAUUGCUCCUGGUUUCUCUAUGGUAAUACCAAAGAGUGAGAAGAAAAUUGUAGGUGCUGAUUUGGCAAAGAAACCUGCCUAUGUUAGUGUUUCUGUGCCGAAGAAUGAUGACAAAGCAGUUCAAAAUGGUUCAGACGCUAGAUCUCUCCCUUUUUCGCUGCGUAAUUAUGCCAUGAGGAAUCUUAGCCGUUGCAAGGAUGAGGCCCAGAGGGCUGCUUGCCAAACCAUGAUACAACAGAUCACAAGCAAAGCUAUUAGCAAUGGAACCCUCCUUACUAAGAAUUGGGACACUGAACCGCUGAUUCCUUUGCCAGAGAAUCUUUUGACCAUGACCGAAACAAGCAGUGCAAACAAUUCAAGUUCCUUGCCAACAUCUUCUACCCCUAAAAGACGGCUGAAAAGUAGGUGGGAGCCUGUUCCGGAAGAAAAGGUUACUGAAAAGGUGGAGCCACUAGCAAAAGCAUUGAUGAAUGGAUAUGUCCACAAUAAUUUGAAAGCCCAAAAUACGAUGGGUAACAGUUGGAAUUUAGGGAAGUCUCUCCAGUCUCCACAUGCACCUUCAAGCAAAAUCAGCCACCGGCUUUCCAAGAAGCAAAAGAUGGGUAGUUAUUCAAGUGUGGUACAAAAUGGAAACACUUCAAGUGAUAGUGAUAAGGAGAAGGACCUGACCAAAUAUUACGCCAAUGCAUCAGCAUUAGCAAACUCACCAGAGGAAAAGAAACGCAGGGAGCACAGAUCUAAGCGUUUUGAGAAGAGUAAGGAUUCACCAUCAAAGUCAAGAAAUUCUGCAGUGAAUAAAGAUGCCAUGGCUCGUAUACAUACAAGAAGACCCAUUUCAGCUCUUGUUACUGGAAGUUAUAAAGAUGGCAGCAGCUUGGCCGUCGAGGAUAUGGACUGGGAUGCACUGACAGUCAAGGGAACAUGUCAAGAAAUUGAGAAGCGAUAUUUACGCCUCACGUCAGCGCCUGAUCCUUCCACGGUAAGACCAGAACAUGUCUUGGAGAAGGCGCUUUCCAUGGUUGAAACAUCUCAAAAGAAUUAUCUUUACAAGUGUGAUCAACUGAAAUCUAUUCGCCAAGAUCUUACGGUUCAGAGGAUCCAGAAUGAACUGACUGUGAAGGUUUAUGAAACUCAUGCGCGUUUAGCACUGCAAGCUGGUGAUCUACCUGAAUUUAACCAGUGCCAGUCACAACUGAAGAGGCUAUAUAGAGAGGGAAACAAUGGUUGUUAUUUUGAAUUCUCUGCCUACAAUUUGCUCUGCGUCAUGCUACACUCUAAUAACAAACGUGACCUGUUGUCAUCAAUGGCAAGCUUGUCAAAAGAAGCCAAACAAGAUGGAGCUGUCAAGCAUGCCCUUGCAGUUCAUGCUGCUGUUUCAUCUGGCAAUUAUGUAAUAUUUUUCAAAUUAUACAAACAAGGGCCCAACUUGAACUCUUGCCUCAUGGAUCUAUAUGUGGAGAGGAUGCGUUUCGAGGCUAUAAAAUGUAUGUCUAGAUCAUAUCGUCCCACGGUACCUGUGGGGUAUGUUGCACAGGUUUUGGGAUUCUUACUAGAUGGGGAGGACAGAUUGGAAGAAUGUGAAAUAUGGUUAAAAGCACAUGGUGCCGUUCUUUCAGUAGAUAACAGUGGAGAAUUGCAGAUAGACACAAAGGCUUCUUCUAGUACGCUUUUCAUGCCGGAGCCAGAGAAUGCGGUUGCACAUGGUGACGCGUCACUUGCAGUUAACGACUUCUUUGCACGUACAUUGUAGAAGGUGUACACUCAUCGGCGUGUUGGUGCAUAUGGAUGCAUUGCACAUGCUCGGAUGAGAAUACGCUGUUAUGUGCCACAGGAACAUGAAAUGGAUCAGCUUGAGAAGCCCAAGAGUGCUUCUUUGCCUAGAAGGUUGGAGCGAGGAUAGAAAGCCACACUGGACUAUGGGCAUGUCCACUCGAUGGCUGCAGUUGCACAGCUCCGGUGAGCUGCCGCAAGGCAAAUUCGGAGCAUUGACCAACACCAGCGACGGCUACCUGCUGACAGCCACAUUUAUCUGUCGGGCCGCUAUCUGAGUGAAAUGUUUACAGAAACCUCAUAUUUGUUUGUAAAAGUUUUAGAACAACUAUAAUUUUGUGUUUUGUAUCAGGCAAUUUAUACACUAGGUGUAGGGGAAAAGAUAGGGACGAGAAAGAUUCGGAAAUUUAUUUGUAAAACAGACACACAGCCAAUCCUCUUAAUUUAUGAAAACAUCUCUUCUUUUUGCCAA